CUCUUCAUUCCAUCUCGCAAUGCGGCUCUUUACGUUUUCCUUGUACGGACUCAUCCCUCCAUCACUCCAUGGCAGACAUUGAAGAUGGUUCAAAUAGAAGGGGCCCACUUAUGAAGCUCAAACGGUCGCAUUUUUGGCUCCAAUUGGCUCUUAAUAUGGUUUUCCUUCUUGUUGGUCAGGCGGCUGCUAUUAUUCUUGGAAGAUUUUACUAUGAGAAAGGUGGAAAUAGUAAAUGGUUAGCCACUCUUGUUCAAACAGCUGGUUUCCCUAUUCUUUUAAUUCCUUAUUAUUUUCUUAUUCCUUCUCCCAAAGAACAAUCAAAUUCAUCAAACCCACCUCCGCCUCCGCCUUCUAUCAUCAAAGUUACAAUUAUCUAUUUCUUACUUGGUGCCCUCAUUGCCGGGGAUAAGAUGCUAUACUCUACUGCAUUGUUGUACCUCUCAGCCUCAACCUAUUCCCUCAUAUGUGCCACACUGCUAGUCUUUAAUGCUAUUUUUUCUUUCUUCAUUAAUAGUAAAAAAUUUACACUGUCGAUUUUCAACUCCGUGAUUGCCCUUACAUCUGCUGCUGUUCUGCUUGCCAUUAACGAGGACUCUGAUAAGCCUUUGGGCAUCACUAGGUGGAAAUAUAUAAUCGGAAUUAUAGCGGCUACUGUGGCUUCUGCACUGUACUCCCUCAUCCUUCCACUGAUGGAAUUCUCAUUUCAGAAAGUUAUAAAGAAAGAAACGUUUUCUGUGGUUCUGGAAAUGCAAAUAUACACAUCACUGGUAGCCACUGGUAUCUCUACCAUUGGGCUGUUUGCUAGUGGGGAAUGGAGGUCUCUGUCGGGAGAAAUGCACGCCUUCACCACAGGAAAAGCCGCCUAUGUGCAGGUUCUGGUAUGGACAGCCUUGGGAUGGCAGAUUGCUGCAGUUGGCGUCGUGGGUUUAAUUUUUGUGGCGUCCUCCUCGCUCUUCUCCAAUGUUAUCAGCACAUUCUCUUUGGCUGUUACUCCCAUCGCUUCGGUGAUCAUCCUGCAUGACAAGAUGAAUGUUGUCAAGGUGAUUGCUUUGCUAAUGGUAAUGUGGGGCUUUGGAAGUUACAUAUAUCAGAAGUACCUGGAUGAUACCAAGUUUCCCGCCCUCACCAGUGCCAGGUACAAGCUCGUCAUCUUAGGAGACGAGUCUGUCGGCAAAAGCAGUAUCAUCACUCGCUUUAUGAUCGACAAGUUCUAUAACAAAUACGAGGCAACAAUUGGCAUUGAUUUCCUGUCAAAGAAAGUGUACCUUGAAGAUCAUGAAGUAAGACUGCAGAUUUGGGAUACUGCAGGGAUAGAGAGAUUUAAGAGUCUUAUACCAAGCUAUAUCAGAGACUCAGAUUGUUCUGUUAUUGUGUACGAUGUUGCAAAUAGGCAGUCCUUCCUUAAUACUUCAAAGUGGAUUGAGAAGGUUCGGGAUGAUCUUGGAAGGGAUGCUAUCAUUAUUCUUGUUGGGAAUAAAACUGAUCUCGUUGAAAAAAGGCAAGUUUCAAAAGAGGAGGGAGAAGCUAAAGCUCGAGAACUAGAUGUCAUAUUUUUUGAAACCAGUGCAAAGUCUGGCUGGAAUAUAAAGCCGCUAUUUAGGAAAAUUGGUGAAGGCUUGUCAGGAUGGAGCCAUUAUCGUCGGGAGUUAUACUACAUGUAUUCUAAAAUUCUACGUCCUAACUUUUACUCCAAGAUGCAACGAAUUAAGAAUAUGAUAUUUUCAUUAUGUGAGUCUAAAAAAAGAAUGUACGCACCAAUAAUUUGUGAGAAUGAGAGUUAAAAGUC